CUGCCAUUUUUUAGUCAAAUAGAUUUUAUUUCAAUUUGUAUUUUUUAAUAUUGUUAUCAAAAUUACAUAAAAUUCAGUGUGUAGUUUUUUGAAAAUAUUCGCAUUUAUUUUUAAACUGCGAUUGUAAUAAUUUACUGUAUUUACAUUUUUUUAUUAUAUUUUCUUACUAUUUUUUUUACCUAUUUGUGCAGUUAUUUCCUAUACCAUUGUGAUAUUUAUUAUAGUUUCAUAGUUUUGUGAUUUGUUAAUCGUUUUCAUACGCAUAAAUUUUGGUAAAAAACAUCUUCCCGGGUCAAUUUUAAAUUUUCCAUCGUGACCUGCGUCGCCGGAUAUCCGGCGCCUCCAUACACGUCGUUUCUAGCGCUCUAGGGAAUAGAGCUCGCCGUAGCGUUUCUUUCUUUUCUGAACAGGCGCAGUCCGAGCGAACUAGCAAAAGGAGUAAAAGGCUCCUACAUAACCUGUCAUAACCAAUAUAUUGUAUGAGUCAGAAGGUAGAAAAACCAAUAUUAUCGGGUCAACGGAUCAAGACCAGAAAAAGAGAUGAGAAAGAGAAGUAUGACCCGAACGGGUUCCGCGACGCUCUGGUGCAGGGGCUGGAGCGCGCGGCCGGCGACCUGGACGCGGCCUACAAGUUCCUAGACGCGGCCGGCUCCAAGCUGGACUACCGCCGCUAUGGGGAGGUCAUCUUUGACGUUCUCAUCGCGGGAGGUUUGCUCUUGCCCGGCGGGUCGGUGUCUAUGGACGGGGAGAGCCCCAAGACCAACACGUGUGUCUUCACCGCCAAUGAAGACAUGGAGUCUAUGCGCAACUUCGAACAGGUGUUUGUGAAGCUGAUGCGGCGGUACAAGUACUUGGAGAAGAUGUUCGAGGAGGAGAUGAAGAAGGUGCUGGUCUACCUGAAGGGCUUCGAGCCUGCGCAGAGGAUCAAGCUGGCCAGGAUGACCGCGCUUUGGAUCGGCAACGGCUGCGUGCCCCCCUCAGUACUCCUGGUGCUGAUCAACGAGCACCUGCUGAAGGACAACCUGGCGCUGGAGUUCGUGCUGGAGGUGUUCAGCACCAUGAAGGCCGAGCGCGGGAACGCCUCGCUGGUCACUGCGUUGAAGCGGGGGCAGAUUGAGGGCAGACUGCUGGACUUCCUGCCGCUGAACCGGCGCAGCGAGGAGGCGCUGGCGGCGGCGUUCGGCUCGCGCGGGCUCGGCGAGCUGGUCAAGCUGCACCGCGCGCAGGCCUCGCAGGAGGCCCGCCGCGAGCUGACGCAGGCUCUGCUGGACGAACUAGCGGACGAGAAGCCGCCGAAGGAGCUGAUCCCCGAGCUGCGGGAGCUGGCGGCGCGCACCGCCAUCCCCGACCACGAGGUGGUGGCCAUUAUCUGGCAGUGCGUGAUGUCGCGCGGCGAGUGGAACAAGAAGGAGGAGCUGCUGGCGGAGCAGGCGGCCAAGCACCUGCGCAGCUACACGCCGCUGCUGGCCGCCUUCGCGCAGACCGCGCGCGCCGAGAUGGCGCUGCUCUCCAAGGUGCAAGAGUACUGCUACGAGAACAUGUCGUUCAUGAAGGCGUUCAGCAAGCUGGUGCUGAUGCUGUACAAGAGCGACGUGCUGUCGGAGGAGGUGAUCCUCAAGUGGUACCGCGAGCCCAACUCCAGCAAGGGCAAGCAGACCUUCCUCGACCAGAUGAAGAAGUUUGUCGAGUGGCUGCAGAGCGCUGAAGAAGAGUCCGAGAGCGGAGAAGACGAAGAUUAGAGUAAUAAGAGCAGCAAGUGAGACUGACAACACACCAACGCGUCGCUACCCCUAGCAUCCACUAGCAUCCACCCGGCAUCCAGUAGCAUCCACCAGCAACUACUAGCAUCCACUAGCGUGCCACACUCGUAGCGGCGCGCAGCUAAGCCGCAUCCGUAUUAUUAAGUGUAAAAAGCUGCAUUCCAUUCGAAUAAAAUUAAUGUAUAACCCUUAUUCUGAGGUUCAUUUCGGGUUAAUCGGAACGUAGCUGUUAUAAUUAAAAAGGUAAUAAUAAAUAGUAAUAAUUGUUACGGCGCGACACGGAAGUUUUCUACAAACUGUACUAUAUUCAUUUCUAAAGUAACAUGUUGAUGGAAUACAAUAUUUUUUAUUCAAUUUUUUUAGAAAAUUCCAAUAAAUGGUGGUAACACGCAA